CGUCCAGCAUUUAUCCCAUUCACCUCUCUGCCACCGCCAGCGGCUCACGGUUCUUUUCCUAGAAAAAAAAAAAAGACAACAUGGUGACCGUUGAGGAAGUCCGCAAGGCUCAACGUGCCGAGGGCCCUGCCACCGUCCUGGCCAUCGGGACGGCUGUUCCUGCUAACUGUGUUGAUCAGAGUACGUACCCAGAUUAUUAUUUUCGCAUCACCAACAGCGAGCACAAGAGUGAGCUGAAAGAGAAAUUCCAGCGCAUGUGUGACAAAUCUAUGAUCAAGAAGCGUUACAUGCACCUAACGGAAGAUAUUCUUAAAGAGAAUCCUAACAUUUGUGCAUACAUGGCACCUUCAUUGGAUGCGAGGCAGGACAUUGUGGUGGUAGAGAUACCAAAGUUGGGCAAGGAAGCAGCCGUCAAAGCCAUCAAGGAAUGGGGCCAGCCCAAAUCCAAGAUAACCCACCUUGUCUUUUGCACUACUAGUGGCGUGGACAUGCCUGGGGCCGAUUACCAACUCACCAAGUUAUUGGGUCUCCGCCCCUCUGUCAAGCGCUUCAUGAUGUACCAGCAAGGUUGCUUUGCUGGUGGCACCGUCCUUCGUAUGGCCAAGGACUUGGCUGAGAACAACAAGGGAGCUCGUGUUCUUGUUGUUUGCUCUGAAAUCACUGCCGUCACAUUCCGGGGGCCUAGCGAUACCCACCUUGAUAGUCUUGUAGGUCAGGCCUUGUUUGGUGAUGGUGCAGCUGCUAUCAUUGUGGGCUCAGACCCAGUGCCUGAAAUUGAGAAGCCCUUGUUUAAGAUAGUCUCUGCAGCUCAAACUAUCCUGCCCGACAGUGAUGGGGCCAUUGAUGGGCAUCUUCGUGAAGUUGGGCUGACAUUCCAUCUCCUCAAGGAUGUUCCUGGACUCAUCUCCAAGAACAUUGAGAAAAGCUUAGUUGAGGCAUUCCAACCUUUGGGGAUCUCUGACUGGAACUCACUCUUUUGGAUUGCUCAUCCUGGUGGGCCAGCUAUAUUGGACCAAGUAGAGGCGAAGCUGGCCCUCAAGCCGGAAAAAUUAAGGGCCACAAGGCACGUUCUGUCGGAAUUUGGAAACAUGUCUAGUGCAUGUGUGCUGUUCAUUUUGGAUGAAAUGAGGAGGAAGUCAAAAGAGGAUGGGCUCGAGAGCACAGGUGAAGGACUUGAUUGGGGCGUACUCUUUGGGUUCGGACCAGGGCUCACAGUUGAGACAGUGGUCCUCCACAGCGAGGUUGCUUAGAAGCCCUAAAUUGUGCCUUUAAAUUCCGCUUGUACUUGGUUUCGCUUUUUUUUAUUUGCUUUGGAGACUCUCUCCUUUGAAAUUGUAAUGGACAAGGUUGGUUGUGUUGUUUGGGUUUAACUCUGUGGUUUAUAGUUA